CUCUCUCUCUCUCUCUCUCUCUCUCUCAAAGACUUAUUUUCCUCUCUAGAGUCCUAGACACCAUUAAACCACCUCCAACACCACCCUCCUCUCCAUACAAAUGAGAAAGAGAAACAUAAAAACAAAAGGUGGUAGAUGCAUGAGCCACAAACUUAAUACAUAAUCUCUUCUUUCUCUCUCUAUCUCCUCUCUUUUUUACUCACCACCUUUCCUUCCUAAAUUCCUAAAUCCCUUUGCACUUUGCUCACCAACCACCUUUGCGAUUCCCCUCCGCUUCCACGCUCCCUCAGCUGCCGCCUUCCCUGCCUCUUCAGCAACUCUGAAAGAAGAUUGGCCCAAACCAUGGAAGGUUUUUCGUGUUUGCAUUGCUUUGUUUUUGAUAGUUCAAGAUCAACCGCAUUAUUUCCCCUUAAAUGCAUACAAAUCGAAGGGAGCUAUGUGAUACAUGAAAGAAGUUGAAAAGUAGGCCAUUGUACAUUAAUUGGAAAUUUGAGUCAAAAUAUGGUGAGCUUACGAAGGCGCAAGCUUUUGGGGCUAUGCUCUGGGAGAAGUUCAUUCAUAGCUCCACUUCCUAGGGUUUUCAAUGGAACUGCUCCUGCAAAUCCUACCCAGACCAACAAUCCUGUCAGAGUGCAUCCAGUACCUUCAGAUGAUGUAAACCAGCCAAUGGGGAAUAAAGUACGAUCUGGAUCAUCAAAUGAAACUGGUUCAAGCUCAUCCAAAGAGCAGCCCAUUCAACCAGUUGCAGGGCCACCAAUAAAACGCAGAAAGCGACACAGGAGAAAGCUUUUUCAAAACCAAGAACCAUGUCUGAUGAGAGGUGUCUAUUACAAGAAUAUGAAAUGGCAGGCAGCAAUUAAAGUUGAUAAGAAACAAAUUCACCUUGGAACUGUUGGUUCACAAGAAGAGGCUGCCCGUUUGUAUGACAGGGCUGCUUUCAUGUGUGGGAGGGAACCCAAUUUCGAGCUUUCUGAGGAGGAGAAGCAAGAACUCAGGAAAUUCAAGUGGGAAGAAUUCUUGGCAAUAACUCGUCAUGCGAUUACUAGUAAAAAACAUAAGCGAAGGCUUGGGACGGGGUCGCAGAGGAGGUCGGAGUCUCCAAUGAAUAACAGUGAAUGGGAUGGCAAGAAAGAGGCCAAUGACCUUUCAGCUUCAGAAGAUGUGGAGCCAGACACAUCAGCCUCUUGAAAAUUAUGAACAAGGAUGAAAUCAUAUUCCAGUUCUAACAGUGAAGUUGUAGCCGAUAGGGCUCCAUUUUUGGUUCACAAGUAUUAGGUUAAUAAUGGUAGAUUUCAUUGUCUCCUCAGAAGCAAUUCCUUAUGACUUCUGCACUAUAAAUAGUUACAUACUGGAUGUAGAUUAGUUAUAAAUUACCAUUAUAUUUAAGCCA